UAUAUAUAUAAUAAUAUGUAAAUAUUGCCCCAAUUGCGGCCAGUCCCGCGGAGCUGCAAAACGGAUGGUGAAAAUUGUUGCCACUUCAGAUGACAAAGCAUACCUACCAUACAUUUCCUCUCUUUCUUUCUCUUCCUCCUCCCCAACAACGGCCUUCCCUCCUCUCUGGCUCCUUUUCCCUUCGUCUUUUCAAUUUGCUCAAUAUCUGAUCUGCACACUCAAAUAUAGAGUGAGGCGUGCGGAUAUCGAUUUCUCUAAAAGCGCAACCAUCUCCUCCUAUAACCGUCCAGCGGGGACACCCCGCCUGCCGGCACAAUGAGCGCAAUUCUCUCCGCUGACGACCUGAACGAUUUUAUUUCCCCAGGUGUCGCUUGUAUAAAACCUGUCGAAACCCUUCCGCAGAAGCAACCUUCAAAUCCAGAGAACCCCUACGAAGUAACGACAGAAGACAAAGUCCAGCCUGAAAAUCUACCCCCGGCACAGAUCUCGCUGACUGAUUGCCUGGCAUGCUCUGGUUGUGUGACAUCCGCGGAAGCUGUGCUCAUUUCGUUGCAGUCGCAUGCAGAGGUUCUCAACACCCUUGAUGCGCACCCCGAGAUUCGACUGGUCGACAGCGAAAAUGGACGACCACCCGCGGUGGGUAACGGACAAGAGGCUGAAGAUGGUUGGAUGUUUGUUGCGAGUGUCAGCCCACAGGUGAGGGCGAGUCUCGCCGCUACAUACGGAAUAUCGGAGAAGGAGGCAACGCAUAUGAUCGACCAGUUCCUCAGCGGUCCUCAAGGUUUACGAGCAGGAGGGAAACACGGCAGUGGAUUCAACUGGGUUGUCGAUACUAAUGCCUUGAGAGAGGCGGUAUUGGUCUUAACAGCUGAUGAAGUCGAUGAGUCACUUGCGGGGCAGGCAUCGAACCGCAUGGAAGCUCCCAAACGGCCCAUUCUUUCAUCUGCAUGCCCGGGCUGGAUAUGCUACGCAGAAAAGACACACCCUUUCAUUCUACCUCAUUUGUCUCGACUCAAGUCACCCCAAGCUCUGGCUGGGACCUUGAUAAAGACGGUGCUAAGCAAAGCUCUUGGUGUCUCGACCUCCCGUAUUUGGCAUUUGGCAGUUAUGCCUUGCUUUGAUAAAAAGCUUGAAGCUAGUCGAGAAGAACUUACUGAUGCCUCAUGGAAUACUUCUUCGUCAUCGUCCGGUUCUUCAACCCCCGUUCGCGACGUUGAUUGUGUCAUCACAUCGCGUGAGCUUCUGACCCUUGCUUCCUCCCGGGGCAUAUCUCUUUCUGGACUGCCUCUGAAGCCUCUCCCUCAGUCAUUCUCUCCAUCAUUCCCUGAUCCAGCACUCAACGCUUUUCUGUUCUCUAGAAGAUUUUUGUCGGGCCAAUCCACGUCCGCUGGGACCUCUGGAGGCUAUCUUCACCAUGUGCUCACCACUUUCCAAGCUCGCAAUCCCGGCAGUGAGAUUGUCACUCAGCGGGGAAGGAAUGCGGAUGUAGUGGAAUAUGUCCUUGCCUCACCCUCGGGUGAACCUAUCAUGAAAGCGGCUCGGUACUAUGGUUUUAGGAACAUUCAAAAUCUUGUCCGGAAACUCAAACCUGCGCGCAUAUCCCGACUCCCGGGAGCCAAAGUAUCUACCGGGUCCGCAGCCGGAGGUCGACGGCAACCGAUGUCGCGCACUGGCGGCGUAUCUACGGGAUCAACUAUAGACUAUGCAUAUGUGGAGGUUAUGGCUUGCCCUGGUGGAUGUACCAACGGGGGCGGCCAGAUUCGGAUCGAGGAUGUCCGAGAAGUCCACCACCAAGCAGGAGAUUCAGAGUCAUCGAACGCCGUUGUCUCAAAACCAUCGCCACAUGAGCUGCGCUCAUGGCUCGCCCGCGUGGAUGAAGCAUACUAUUCUUCCGCUGAUUUAGAUCAAGAGGGUGAAGUCGGAAAUCGGCUUCAAACUGCUUCCGUUGUAGAGAACGAAACCAUGGUUCAUGCAGCCUUGCAGCGCUGGUCGGAUGUGACGGGGAUUCCCCUUUCCAAACUAGUCUACACCUCGUAUCGCGAAGUGGAGAGCGAUGUCGGCAAGAAGCAGCCCGCACCGAAUGACACGACUCGUGUCGUUGAGUUGGCGGGAAAAAUUGGCGGUGGCUGGUAGACUUUUUUUUUUCUUCUUCUUCUUUUUUUUUUCUUCUUGGCUUUCUCGCUUUCUAACAACAUCUAUACCCAGAUAGUAGCGAGCGGUUUGUUGGUUGGUUCCAUUUACGGUUGCAUGCAGUGUAUAUAGCAUAUAGAGAGAUAGAGAGAUAAAUACGGAGUACUAGAAGAUCCAUUUCAAAUUGUC